CAUCUCCCUAUCCUCAGCUUCAUUUCAUUUCUCUCUCUAAAUCAGUGCCUACUGCAGUGCAAACUGCAGUUUUCCAGAGUUCGCCGUGCGCGUCGCUUCCCCUUCCCCUCCCCCUAGAUAAAUUCAUAAAUCUCGUCGCGGCCUCGGCAGCAGCAACGACAUCCGCGGACCGCAGUAUAAUUUAUUUGCAGGCGCCGAGGGAAAGGGAGGGGGUUCGGAGAUCGAGGAUCGAUGGCGCACGCCAGAAGCGGUUCCGGGCGGCUGCGCGUGCAUCUGCUCGCGGCGAUUAUUGGGCUCCUUGCCUGCUGCGCCGCCGCGCUAGAUGUUGGCCUCCAGUACGCCGGCGACGACGUGAGCAAGCAGCAGGCGUGUAGCCGCACGUGCGAGUCCGACCACUGCACGACGGCGCCCUUCUUGCGGUACGGCAAGUACUGCGGCAUCCUCUACAGCGGGUGCCCCGGCGAGCGGCCCUGCGACCCCCUCGACGCCUGCUGCAUGCACCACGACAACUGCGUCCAGGCCAAGAAUGAUUACCUGAGCACGCAGUGCAACGAGAGCCUGCUGGAGUGCCUGGGGGAGCUGCGGGACGGCACGGGCACGUUCGAGGGGAACAAGUGCAUGAUCGACGAGGUCAUCGACGUCAUCACCAUCGUCAUCCAGGCCGCCGUCGUCGCCGGCCGGGUCCUGCACAAGCCCUAAGCAACAACUUGCGCGGUGGGUGGGUGGUACAUGCUUUGCUUGCUUGGUGUCACGGUGUGUCGUCCUGCCACGAUUCGCGUCGGCAAACGCGCGCGUAGAGGUCACAUGGGCGUGACCAGAAUCUUAGCUGAGCUCGGCAGUGCCGUGCCGAAACUUACGACAAAAGCAUAUGGUGAUACGAUUACUACGAUCGAGUACAUCUUUACUUGGUUCCGAUCUUUUUUUGCCUACACAUCGGUACAUCACAUGCAUCUGCUAUAUACGUGUACGUGUCAUGCGUGAUUGAUCCUACUGUGAUUUCCUUU